CAAUUUGAAUCUGGAAACCCUGAGGUGGUGGGUCUGCUGGUCACCCUGGCCCUCCAGCAGCCACUCCCGUCACUCUCACACACCAUCACCAACUAUCGUAACUUUUGGUCUAAUAAGGGAGCAGGAGAGAAGAAACUAGCAGCAUAUUAUAAUGUCUGGUGCGUCGAGGGUGUAUGAGGUGGCGUGUAGACCAUGUGAGCUGCGCCUCGACAUCACCCUCCAGUGUGGACAGUCCUUCAGAUGGCGUGAAGCAAAUCCUGGAAAGUGGCGUGGGAUAAUCGGAAAUAAGGUAUGGACGCUUUCUCAAGAUGACUCGCACAUUGCAUUCCAAGCCCACACCUCUGAGGGUGUUUCUGAAAAUCACAAUAACGCUUUGAAGGCUGCAUCUUCAAGCCAAAAGAAACGGAGAGUAUCUGUUACCAAAGCUGCAACAAGGGAAAACUCUGCAAAUGGAGAUUUUUCACCAGCACAGAAAGAAGUUAAAGAUUGUACCAAAACAUCUAGUAAUAUUGUUGAUAAUUUAAGUGAUAAUUGUGAAGAAGAACUGAAGAAAAUGUUAAGAAAUUAUUUCCAGUUGGACAUCUCUCUGGAGACACUGUACUCUGUAUGGUCCAAAGCCGAUGGUAAUUUUGCUGCUGUCUCCCCAGAGUUUCCUGGUAUACGAAUAUUGAAUCAAGAUCCAGUUGAAAAUGUGUUUUCUUUUAUAUGCUCAUCAAAUAACAAUAUUCAGAGGAUCACUCUGCUGGUUGAGAGGUUGUGUCAACUGUACGGCUCUCCUCUGGCUACUGUGGAUGGCAUCACCUGGAACUCCUUCCCUAGGGUGUCAUCUUUGGCAGCUCCAGGAGUGGAGGAAAAAUUGAGAGAACAUGGGUUUGGAUACAGAGCCAAGUUUAUCCACAAGUCGGCACAAAUGAUAAUGAAGAAAGGUGGUGAUGCAUGGCUUCACUCCCUGAAGUCACUUCCCUACCAGGAGUGCCACAAAGAGUUGAUGCAUCUCCAUGGCAUUGGUGCCAAAGUGAGUGACUGCAUCUGCCUUAUGUCCAUGGGUCACUUGAAUGCCAUUCCUGUGGACACACACGUGUUUCAGAUAGCUGCUCGAGACUAUCUCCCACAUCUACGCACUUGCAAAACUGUUACUGAUAAAGUUUACCGAGAGAUUGCUGAUCAUUUUCGCAGUGUAUUUGGAGAAUAUGCUGGUUGGGCUCAUUCAGUUUUAUUUAGUGCCGAUCUGAAGAAGUUUGAGACACUGAAGACUGAGAAGAAAGUUAAAAAAAAUGUCCGCACUUCAAGAUGAUCAUCGCUGAUAUUUAUGUCCAAAUCUACUGGUGUUGAAAACCUUUUUGUAUUUUUUAUGAAAUUGUCUAAACAUGUAAACUGUGCUAUUGCAAUAAAUUAAAUAUUUUUUAA